AUGAGCCGCAAGGCAGAGACUGAGCAGCCGAAGGGCUUCAAGUGUGGCACCUUCGGCGCGUCCUCCAUCGAGGACCGCCACCUAGCUACCGGCGACUAUGCUGGUGGCCUGGCCAUCUGGGAUCUGGAGAAUCUCAAGAAACCUGUCUGGAGCGUGAAAGGUCAUGACCUCAUUGUCAACGCGAUCGAUGGCUGUGGAGGCCUCGGCAUUGGCAGCGGAGCUCCCGAGCUAGUGACAGGCAGCAGGGAUGGGACGGUUCGCGUCUGGGAUCCUCGCACCCAGGAUCCAGUCCUUUCACUUGAGCCCGUAGAGGGCGAGACACCAGCCGAUUGCUGGACAGUGGCCUUCGGUAACUCCUACAACGACGCAGAGCGCUGCAUCGCUGCAGGAUACGACAACGGUGACGUCAAAAUUUUCGACUUGCGCACCAACACGCUGAGAUGGGACACGAACGUCCGGAACGGGGUGUGCCACCUCCAGUUCGACAGGAAAGAUAUCAAGAUGAACAAGCUGGGCGUUUCGACGCUCGAGUCGACCCUGGUGGUUUAUGACCUCCGCACGUAUCACCCCGAAGAGGGCUACGCAGGUAGGAAGGAGAAGGUGACAAAGAGCACACUUUGGGGGGCGCACUUCCUGCCGCAGAACCGGGAAGUCUUCGCCUCCUGUGGUGGAAACGGAACCAUCACCUUGUUCAAGUACUCCUACCCCGAAGAACGGUCCAUCCAGGACAAGGAAGGCAUAGAUCGGGGAGUUGCCGGCACCGUCGAGAUGCUCAAUCAGAAGGAGCUGUCAACGCAGCCCGUGAUUUCCUUCGACUGGCACAUGAACAAGACCGGCCUCUGUGUCUUUGCAUGCCUGGAUCAGACUUGCCGCGUGGCCAUCUGUACCAAGUUGCAUCUCUACUGA